AUGUCACGAUUUGACAUUUCAUCCCUCUCCGAGAAACGUUCGACUGAAAGAGGGAGCGAGAAGACGCUGGUUGUGCAGAAGCCGUGGCCUGAGGUCAAGCGCAAAGAAAUCCUCACAAGGCCAGAUAGUCCACAGGAAUUGCCAGGUCGAACCAGUUUUGAGGACUCGUCAACUCCCAUGCAGACAGUAUCACCACUCAUUGCUCCCCGUCCACUCUUUGCUAGUGCGGGCUCCAUAUCGAAUUUCAAUUUUCCAUCUUUGGAUAAUUUGCGAGAUCUGGGAAGUCAUGUCAACGUUUCUGAGAUAGAGUUUGAUACUCGAAAGGACCUACUGAAGACUCCUGAUGAUCAGGGAUCUCGGGCUCCAUCUCCACUGGCAAUACCUGUGCUGGGAGAGCGGGCUUGA